AUGGCAGUGGAGGCGGUGAAGACGCAGCAGUUCACCAGUUUUGAGGACAUGGUGCGCUCCAGCAAGGUGCCCGUGCUCGUUGACUUCCACGCGCAGUGGUGCGGCCCCUGCAAGCUCAUGGGCGACUCUCUUCGGGGCAUCGCAGAUGACAUGGAGGGCAAGUUGAGCGUGGUGAAGAUUGACACAGACAAGUACCCCAGCAUUGCCUCGCGAUACGGCAUCAAGUCACUCCCGACGCUGUUGCUAUUCCGGGACGGCUGCGCGGUGGACAGAAUAGAGGGCCUCAUGCCAGAGGCCACCCUUGCGCAGCGGUUGAGAUUUUACAUCGGGCGAAUGGACGUCAAGUUUGGCAGGCGCUGA